AUCCAAACCUGGAUCGCGAUCCCGUAGUUUUAACAAGAGGUCAGUCGAUGGAGAUCUAACAGACACAUAUAUUAGAGUCGUAAACACACUCAACCCCAAAGAAGAAUGGCCUCAAUGACCUUUGGUCAGAAGUCAUUUACUCCCACACCGCCACAGAAAGGCAGCUUUCCUCUCGACCAUGAGGGAGAGUGCAAGAAAUUUAUGAUUAAGUACAUGCUAUGCUUACGUGAGAACCAGAACCAGAAUGAGAAGUGCCGAGAGGCGUCCCGCGACUACCUGGGUUGCCGCAUGGAGAAAGGUCUAAUGGCCAAGGAGGACUGGAGCAAGCUUGGAUUUUCCGAUCUGGCCGACAGCAAAGUAGAGUCAUCGUGAAGGAAGAUAAACUAGGCUUGAGAGUGAACGCUGUGCUCAAGAUGUCCUGGCUACCAGCACCACGAGGAGGGCCACGCAUCAUCCUGGGGUGCACAGGCAGUGUGGCUGCGAUCAAGGUGCCUGAGCUGGCACGGCGACUCAAGGAGCGUGGGGCUAGUGUCAUCAUUGUGCCCACGGAGCGUGCUUGCCAUUUCCUGCGAUGCCAGGCCAAGGUAGACCCCGUUGCCACUCAACGGCCUCUCAGGGUAGGGGGGGCAAGUGCAUUCAAACCUGUGGCCAAGAGUAUGGGCAAUGGGGAGAAGAGUAACGAUACUUCAGAAAUAAACAUUACUAGCAGUGAAAUUUGUAGCCAUUGUGGUUCAAGAACUCCUGCUAAGGUUCUCAGACCAAUGGACCUCGAUAAAAGUGCCUUUAAGUCGUUGUACCCUGACCUGAACUUCGUGCUGGAUGAGGACGAGUGGUCUGCUUGGCAAGGGCGUGGGGACUCAGUGCUGCACAUUCAGCUGCGAGAGUGGGCACAGGUCCUGGUGAUUGCUCCCUUGGAUGCCAACACCAUGGCCAAGAUGGCACAGGGGCUCUGCGACAACCUAUUGACCUGUAUUGUCCGAGCUUGGGAUGUCUCAAGGCCACUUGUGUUCUGUCCAGCUAUGAACACGCAUAUGUACUCUCACCCUCUUACUAUGAAGCAUACAGCUAUUCUAAAGGAAUUGGGCUACAUAGAAGUGUGCGUGAUAAGCAAACGGCUGGCAUGUGGGGACGUUGGCCUGGGGGCCAUGGCAGAAGUGGACAACAUUGUAGAUGCGGUGAUGCAGGAGCUGCCAGGCGAGCACCGGGUGUCGCACGGCCCUUUCUAAUCUUAGGGAAACGCCUUAUUCCUCGACUUAGAAGAAUUUUCCUCAUAGCGAGCAUGGGUAGCUGUGCAUUAGUAAAGUAGAACUAGUUUUUUGGGUGAAAUUAUUGACAUAGAUGGGUCCAUUUACUGUGCAAAAUGUAUAUAUACAACAGUGGAUAGACAAACAGAUGGACUGUGAAGUCUAUACUAUUUGAGAUGGGCAUUAAUUUAAAAAGGAUGUUAUACCAGGAAGCUUUGAAAUAAAAAUGAUCAUGAAUGAAAAAACAUUAACCCGAAAUCCUUUAUGUUAAAAAUAAAAAGUGAAGUCAAGAAAAUCAGAGACAUAUAAAGCCUGAGAAAGGUUAUUAAGGGAAAGUUUAUUUUUGAGUCAUUGUUUUCAGAUUAAAGUUGUUUUAAUUCACGGGGAUAGGGAUGACUAAUGUGUGAUUAUGUGUUUGUUUUCCUAAAGUAGCUGUGUAAAUUUGCAGAAUAAAGAAGAUAUGAAGUAAAAAGAGCAUUUUGAAGAGUAUUGAUUAAAAUCAAGGUAGAUAGAUUAUUGAUAUAACUUACUAGCUCUACACAAGGUUUCACAAAAUAAUCGUCAACUUCAGAAGAGUCAAGACUAGAAAAGUAUCACUUCUUAUGUGACUUAACAUUAUCACAUGAAUACACUUCCCUCCCACUCAAUAGAUUGCUUUUCAUUUUGCUCAGAGGCAGAAGUUAUACAUCAAAUACAUCUAAGUUGAUAUCAGAACUUUCUUUACAUUAGAUGCUGUCCAUCAUGCCAACUUUUCACUGAUUUGUUGUAAAUGUAAAUAUAGAUACAGACGAGAAUAAUAUAAUGAUGAUUCCAGAGCUGGUUGCUGUAGAAAAAAAUGCACCAAAACUUUUUUUUUUAGACUGAAAAUCUAGUUCUUCUUUCAUUAAAGGAGCUUUCUUAGAUAGUUUAAACAGAUUUAGGGAUUCAUUAGGAUGUAGAGAUAGUGGCUAUACUAGUCCUAGUGAUGAGUUCUGUGGUGAUAUAUAAUUUUCUAGUGUUACUUAAGGAGUCUUUGGUAGUGGUGGGUUCCUUUUGAGAUAUAUCCAGAAAGUAUGUUGAUAUAUUUGAGUUCAUCUUAUCUUUGAUUUAUCUUUCUCUUGGUGUCAUAUAUUAUAUUUGUGAAUAUUAAUGUAUAUAAAGUAUUGGUGAACAUUUGUAAGAAAAGAGACAAACAAAACAUUUUGAUAAUACUAUAUACUAUUAAUGACUUGUGUAUUUACCUGACUCUUCCAUCAGGCUAGCAGAAGCUUGUAUUUUUGAAGAGAAAAGAAAGCAUGAAGUUGUUUUGUGAAAGUCUGUUUGGAAUCUGCCAUUCGUAUGCAGUGGCUGGAUAUUCCUUGAUUGGAAAUGCCAUAUAUUUCGUGAAGUAUUCUGAAAGAGUGCUAAAGGUUGAAAAGAGGUAUAGAAUUAAGAUUUUUUUCUGAUUAUUUAUUUGUUACAAAAUAUGCAGUUGAAAGAAAUGUUAAUUAGUGAAAUUAUGUAUCAUGCAAUCUCUAUUGGCUGCUAUGUGAUUUUUUUUUCUUGAUUAGAUUUAUAGUGUGAUCAAAAUGUUAUGAAAGGAAGAUACAUUCUCAGGACCCAACUGAGAUUAUGUUAAGGAAAUAAUAUUAGGUGUGUGACUUUGGUUAUAGCCAAUUUGAAAGUCUUCCUCAGUCCUGAAAAAAAGAGAGAGAGAGAAAAAAAAAAUACAAUGAGAGCUAUCAUUAAUUGGGAAAUUAUGUGACACCCAAAUCAUGAUUCUUAGUUUUCAUUCUGUUUAUAAAUUUGUUUUGCUUGUCUUGCCAAAGAGACUAUGGAUGGUAAAUUUACUAAGGAUGCACAUUGCAAGGGUUACUUUAACUGUAAAGUAACUGUGCACAAGGAGAACCAUAGAUACUGCAGUCUUGAAGAUCAGUUUGUUUUCUUUCAUUAUUUGAAAUUAGACUGAUGUGAAAAGUAAAUUCAUAUAAAUGACAAUUACUUAUAACAUAGAUUAUCUACUCUACAUUUUAUAUAUUGUUUGUUGUAUGAGAUUUCAGAGUUAAAGAGAAAUGCAUGAAGAAGGGAACUGUCUCACAUAUCACAAAUUUCUUUCAAGAAUGGGAAAGAUAAAAAAAAAUUGUUAUUGCAUCUAAGAGUUUUUAUUUUGGCAUAAUACUUUGCAUUUUGGUUGGUCACUGUACCUGGAAGUGGUAGGGAUAAUUACUGAUCAUUUUAUCUACAAAUGAUAUAAAAGUAGAGGAAGAAAGAGAGAAAGAAAUACUAAGUGGAAAAUGAAAGAAGGAAUUGAUCGAUUAUAUUGACAGCAGAAAGGAAUGGCAAGUGUGGAGGAGAUGGAUAAUUUCUGACAUGUUAUUAUCCAAAAGAAAAGAGGUUUGGUCUCAGGUGAAGAUGAAACCUUGUAUCUGAAAAGUGUGUCUGGUACUCUAUUGCUCACUGAUAUUUUGUUGAAAGAAAUAUGUCAGGUAAUAUAUAUUGUUAAGUAUGAUUUUACUAGAGUGAAAACGCCUGUUGCUCUGUAAAUAGGGUGGUUGUUUUGUUUGCUUAGUUUGGUUUAGUGUAUUUCAUUGAUUAGUCAAGAGAAAAAAAAUGUUGGCGAUCCUGUAGCAUUGCCAUUACAUGAUGGAGCUUAGUGAAGAAAACACGGCUGGAAUAAUCUUCCACUAGUUUAUGUAAUCUUGGCUAGAAAUUGAAUAAAAUGGUGCUUUUUAA